AUGAGCGCUCCAAUUCCCACCCAGGAGGAACUUGCAGAUCUUUCUCUGGCCUGCCAGAAAAUAUGGGACCUUGACCAGAAUAGGUUGGAACCCAACAGGGACUAUCAAAUGAAUCUGCAGGUGGGUAAGAAGUCAUACCAGGAGCAGGACACUGCCACAGCCCCGCUGUUCACCAGCGUGGACCCGAGUGCACUGCGAAACCGGGUUACAUAUGCAGCUUUCUGCAGCCUGCUUGACAACUAUGAGAGGACAACCGGUACGGCGGAGAAGGUGACUCAGCAGGAGCAGGGUGAGGAGAUGGCUUUCCUGGAGGUAGUCACAGCCACACCUCCCAUGCAGUACGUGCACCAGUACCUGGCCAGAAAGAACCUGGUGGCGGGGCAGAUGGAGGAGUUCAAGCGACAGCUGCACCAGAUGUGGUUCAGCUUCUACUCGCGCAGCGAAGUGCGCGACGACACCUGCGGCUUCGAGCACGUUUUUGUGGGGGAAGUGGACGAGGGGAAGGUGGUGGGCUUCCACAACUGGAUCCAGUACUACCUGGAAGAGCGCGCGCAGAGGGUCAACUACCUGGGCUACCUUUUACCCAGGGGCAGGCAGGGAGAGGGGCAGGUGCAGGUGGAUGAGUCGGAGCGGCUGAUGAGCCUGCAGUUCAGCUGGGGCCCUGAGAAGAAGGAGGUCUCCUCCAUCUUCAUUGGCACCUCCCCAGAGUUUGAGCUGGCGCUCUACACGCUGUGCUUUGUCGGAGGGGCUGAGGAGAACAUUGUCACCAUUGCCGGCUAUGAAGUGAAGAUCAGGACGUACCACAUCCACAGCAAGUAUGGUGACAAAGUGGGCUCAAGCUUCCCAGAGCUUCUGUCGAAGCAGCCAGGCUACCACCGCCCUCAGCCGUCGGCGCCGCCUGCGCAGCUGUGGCAGCCGCAGAACGGGGCCAAUCAGCAGCCGCCAGCUCAGCACGCUGGCUGGGGGGCCCAGCCUGCUCCCCAGUACCAGCAGCAGCAGCAGCACCAGCCGCAGCAGCAGCAGGCGUACCAGCACACUUUCCAGGUCAACCAGGGCCAGCCACAGGGCCAUUCACAGGGGCAGCAGCAGUCCAUCUUGCAACAAGCGCAGGCCAUGUGGCAGCCGGCAGGCUACCAGCCGCAGGGCUACGCGCAGCCGCAGCCGCCGGCGUUCGGGGGCGGUGCCGGACAGCAGAAUGCGCAGCAGGGAUGCGGUGCCAUGAUGCCCAUGAUCAUCAGCGGAGUCAAGAAGCUGAUGGCCAAUAGGAAGCUCAUGGCCUUCCUCAAGCGCAAGUUUAUGGAGAUGAAGCCCUGAGUGCCGCUGCUUGUGUCCACCUCCUUAGUCAAAGACAGCUUUGUGGCCAUGACUGUCUCCUUGGACUCAAUAUUUCUGUUCUGCACUGUUCUGAGCGUUACAGAAAACGAAACAUGGUGUUAGCACAUCCUGUGAUCAGGAGAGGGCUACGUAGGGAAGUUGGCACAUGUUUGACUUGAACAUUUGUUUGAAUUUGCACGGUGCUGCUGUUUGCUUAUUAUAUCAUCUUCAUAUGUGCUGCUGUCCAACAGACUCUGUGGGUUUUUGAGUUGGCUCCACAAUUGCUAUCACUGUGUCUGCUGACUGCUACCUUGAAAUUCUAGAGGUCUGGGCCUAACACAAGGCCUUUGGAGCAUUUGUUAAGCAAUGUGCGUUGCAAGCACCAUCGGAGCAUC